AUGGCCGCACAGACAGACAGCAACAUCCUGAUCAUCGGGGCAGGAACAUGGGGCUGUUCCGUUGCGCUCAAGCUUACCAGAUGCGGCCAUACCAACAUCAAGGUCCUUGGUGGUAGCUCCUUCCCCUCCGCCAUCUCCGCGGGCAACGACCUCAACAAGAUUGGCGAAGAGGCCAACGAGCCUUCCCAAUAUGACCCGAUGAUGACUACUUCUGGCAUCGUCGAUAAUGCAUAUCAGCGCUGCGUCGAGUAUGCGGAAGGUGAGGAUGUCCAAUUGGUGGCCUUGAAGACGAAGGAAGACUUCCAGAAGACAAUGCCAGAAGGUGUUCUGCAGGGCGACUUCCCCGGGUGGCAGGGGUUCUGGAAGCAAGCCGGUGCAGGCUGGGUCUUUGCGAGCGGCACCCUGAAAGCCAUGCACGCUGGAGCCGUGGAGCUGAGGGUACAGUUAGUAACUGGUGAUCGGGAGGGCAGAGUCGAGACACUACUCUACAGCAAUUCGAAGGCGGUGGUGGGUGCACGCACCGCUGACGGCAACCAGCUUCGACCCACAGCCCGGGCACUCGCACACAUCCCGCUGUCUGAGAAAGAAGCAGCGCUGUACAAAAACCUCCCAGUUUUGUAUGGCGUUGACCGAGACUUCUUCAUCGAACCAGACGCCGCGAAGCACAGGAUGAAGCUCUGCGAUGAGCAUCCUGGCUACAUCGACCCUGUCAUCGAGAAUGGCAAGUUCUGCUCUGUACCUUUCGCACGCCAUCAGAUCCCCGUCGAGGCCGAAGCACGCAUGCGUCUCCUCCUUCGCGAGACGAUGUCACAGCUUGCGGAACGGGAGUUCAGCUUUGCGCGCAUGUGCUGGGAUGCGGAUACGGUUGAUCGCAGGUUCUUGAUUGACAAGCAUUCCGACAUUGAGAACCUGAUUGUGGCUGUUGGUGGCUCUGGCAAUGAGUUCAUGAUAUGUCCGGCUAUUGGUGUGCUGGUGGCUGAUAUUCUAGAGCCUAAGGGCGAGAUCGAGGAGCGUAUUAAGAUGAUGUUGAGAUGGAGACCAGAGACCGCGGUGGGCCGGGAUUGGUGGCACUCACAGGGAAGGUAUGGCGCUGAUGGCAAAGUGAUGGAUCUGAGGGACGUCAAAGAGUGGACGAAGACAGGUUUGUCAAGAUCUUCGACGGGGCCUGAAUGA